AUGUCAAAUCCGUUUUCUGGUGAUCCGAAAAGUCGAAGCCCAGACGGCGAUUAUUUAGAAGCAUUGGGUUUGUCUCUAUUUGCUAUGUAAUUGAAAAUUUCUUGUACUUUUAGAAAAACGACUAAAAGGUGUGAAGGACAAGAAGAAAAUUGAUUCAAAGAGUAUCAUUAAAGAUAUUGAUUCUUUGAAAAACGAUCAGUUAUUCAAACUACUUUCAAAGACUGAUAUCCCACUUUCUGCCGACGAACAGAAGUUUGAGAACGAUUUUGUAGAAGAGCAAUCAAUUCUAGAUAAAACAAUCGAACCAAGUUUGAUAAGAAAGAAGGUUGCUCCACAAACGUGUGCGAUUAAUAAAACUGAAUUAGUUUCAAUUCUGAAAUACGACGUGGCACAGGUAUUAGCUAGCUAUUUCAGUUUGAUAAAAUUGUACUGAAUAUUUUUAGAAACUUCACGACUUCUAUCAACAAUUAGAUCAAACCACAGAGGAUCGAUUUGAAUCAGAAGAAAUAUUACGAGAAAUCCAACAAGUUGCUAAGGAAUUGGAAAAACAGCAAAAAGAAGAGGAGGAAAACAAUGAGGAAAGCUCAUCCUCGAUUUGGAGUCAAGAGAACACUACGAGAUCAGAAACGGGAUCGUGGGUUCGAGAUUUUGAAGAAAGCACAUGAAAAUGUAUGUUUAAAUUGCAAAAAAUAUGAUGAAAAAAUGUUUAUAGAAUCAAACGAAAUUCCGAUGUCUCGAUGAUCGAGGAACACGAAAAGCGUUUCAAAAAAGUUCUCGAAUGCAUAUUUUAUUCUCGGAUUUCGAACGACCCUGGGAAACUCCAUUUUACAAACACACCGAUUAUCUUUCAUGUGCAUUGACUUGGGAUGGAAUAUUGGCAAUAACAAGUGAUCGAGAAAAACGAAAGCAUACUUGGAAAGAAAUUGAUUUGAUCAAAUUAUUGACUGUUGCACCAUCUUCGCGAGGGGCCAUAUUUGAAGUUGCAACUUCCGAUGUUAGUCUGGAACAAUCUGAUGAUUGUUUGGCUAUUCUUGCAGUAUUGUGAGUUUAAGUUGUGUUAUUUAAAUAACAUUUGGGUUAUUGAUUUUCAGCUGGGUCGAAAUCAAUGGAAUGAAUACACCGACAAAAUGUUUUGGAUCAAUUUUCAGAAUUUCGAAAAAUCUUCAAGUCAAGUUAUUCGAAAUGGUAAGUAGAUAACUUCAAUUUCAAAUAUAACACCUGAUUUUUCAAAUUUCAGAUCGAAACCCCUUCAAUGGUUGGAUAUUGCCGUUUGACUGAUCGCAAAACAUUUACACACGAUUAUCAUUGUUUGAUAGUGUUUCCGAAACAAGCUGAAGUCUCCGCAUAUCUUGUUGAUGUAAAUUUCCCUAAAACUUCCAAUUCUGAAUUUGACACAUAAAAAUUAAUUUCAGGCUAAUUCAAUUAAGAAAAUCGAUGAUGUUUUUGAAUGGUUUCCCUCUUUGGCACUCACCAAUUUACCUGGCGGUGCAUUGAAAUCUUCCUGUAUGAUUUGCAAUGAUUAUCGAUUCAGUGCAGUUGGUUUAGACACUGGUAUUCUUAUUGUUUCAGUUUGUAUGAUACAGGGAAAUGUUAUUUUAGAUAGGUUAGUUACUUAUCUUUUUCAAAAUUUGUCUAUUUUAUAUAUUUUACAGUAUCCGUCUCAAAUUUGCAUGUCCAAUAACAGUAGUCGAAUUUCUUCCUCAAGUCUCCUCUUCAAUUCAACGUAUACUUGUUUCUUCUUACCUUGGACCAGCUGCGAUUUGGCGAAUUCAUUUGAGUGAAGAUGAAAAAUUACAUUGGGAACAAGAAUGUAUUUUUGCCGAAUCACAAUAUUAUGAUUCAGUUAUUUGUGGUUGUGUUUAUCGAUUUUAUCAUGAAACACAACCCUGGAUUCUACUUGGAACUUAUUCUGGAAAAAUUUUGCGAUAUGAAUUGCCGCCUCCGUUGCCAAAUGUCCGAAAAUCGAGACAAAUUGUAAAUAUGUGUGGAAAACCGUUUUUGGCGUUGAGAAACAAACCAAUCUAUAAUAUGAAACAAACGGGUCUAAAUGAGAUCUCUGUUGUCACUCAAUUCGGAUUGACUGUUCUUCAAGAAUCAUUGAUUUCUCCUCGACGACUUUCAAAGUUUGCUUAUCGAUGGAUGGAAAAAUAUCAGAUUUCCAGAUUUUGCGAUAGACCUGAAUUGUCGCAAGAUUUUACCGAUAAUCUUAUACAAAAAAUAGAACUCAAAUCUGAAAAUGAGUUUAGAUCUCGAGUCGGAUCAAGUGCUUCUGUUGGAACAUCUCGAGCUGAUGAUGAUUAUCAAUCAUUCACAAGAAGAACAACAAUGAAUUCGGUUUAUCAACCAAGAGAACUUCGAACAGCUCCAUCUGGUUCAGUUUCUUCAAGUAGUUCAAACUCAAAAUUGCGACAACUUGAAGUCGAAAUGUUUUAUCAAGAUGGUCCUUCUGAACAAGAACAAAGAAGUCCAAAUAAAAUAGCACAAUCUCCAAAAAUGGGUGCCAUUCAAGAAACAAAUUCACUUGCCGAACGCCGAUCUUCAUCAUCAAAUUUAUUUCGAUUUUUACCAAAAAAAUCAUCGGAUCAAUCACUGGGAAAAGUUUUCAAAUAA